AUGCAAGCAAGAUUAACUGAGAGUCAGCGGCCAGUUCUUAUCCCAACUGAAGUGGUUUUGCGUGAGCAAGCUAAUGUAGAAGUGUUGCCUAAUAAAGACAAAGCUAUUGGUACUUUUACUUUAUAUGUGACUUCUCAUAGGCUGAUUUUUGUUGACGGGGCAAAUGGAUUUUACGUACCUUUUCAUUAUUAUCAUUCCCAUAAAACAUCAGGAGGGCUUUUGAGAUCCAGCAGAAUUGAGCUAACAAUCACCAAUCAAGGAACUUUGCCUCAGUUUGUAGUAGAGCUUGCAAGAAUGGAAGAAAGGCCACCUCCAGUUGCCCCACAUCUUCCUGGCUCAUAUUUAUUUAAAUUUAGGGCUGAAGGACGUGAUGCUACAGUUGAGCAAAUAGAAGUCGCACUAAGGCAGCAGGCGUGGGUUAAAUCAAUUAUGCCUGUACAUAAAGAAAAAAAGCCUAAAGAAACAUCAGGAUAUGGGGUAGGGUCAAUUAAGAAAAACAUAAAAGAAGAUGCAAAACAGACAGAUACCACACUUUCAGCAGGGUUUAGAGAUCUACGAAGCUUAUUUGACAAUUCAAGAGAGCUCGCUGAAUUGGCUGGAAAAUUAAAGCAAGUUGAUGAGUCUAAAGACCCAGAGCUUAUUGAAAUAAAAAAUACAAUGGCAAGCUUAGGCUUUACAUCAGGGGUAACAAAAGAGAGCUCUGGAAAUAAUUUCCAUGUACAGCUUGCGAGAGAAAUUUGUGACUAUAUCAGACCACAUCUAGAAGAAAAUGGAGGAGUCUUACCAAUGCUUGAUGCGUAUUGUAUGUAUAACAGGGCAAGAGGAGGGGAUUUGAUAUCGCCAAAUGACAUGAAAAGAGCUUGCGAUUUAAUGGAAGGACUUAGGCUGCCAAUUCAAGUGAAAAGUUUACCUUCUGGAGUUAUUAUUAUGCAAUUAGGGGGAGAAUCUGUUGAAAGACUUAUAUCACUCACAGUUGAGAAGGUUAAUAGCAAAGAGCAUCUUUCAGCAAAAGAGCUAGGGGAAGAAUUAGGAAUUAAUGCUUUAAUUGCUAAGCAAUGCUUAGUUGAAGCAGAAUCGCGAGGAAUUUUAUGUAGAGAUCAGGGAAUCCAGGGCUUGCAUUUUUAUUUGAAUAUUUUGCCAAAGAUUUCCACAUAA